GUUGCGUGCCGGCUUCUUAGUACGGUUUGAAGCCUCGAAGACGGUGCUUGUAUAGUUCGUCGCGGAAUAAUUUGUUUCGUUUGUAUACUAUAAACUUUUUUACGACGGAACAAAAUGAAUUUCGAAAUGUAACGCGCUAAAACUGUUACCGAGUCCAAUUUGUGCUUAGUUUUGUGUGAAAAUGAUUGAAGUAAUCGGAAAUGCCCAAGCGAACAGCAGACUACGGCGGGUGGCCGCCAAACUGUGCAGUAUAGAGUCGUGGAAGAGAAGGUUACCCAUCACAAUAUGGCUACCCAAAUACAGCUUCGAAUAUUUAUUACGAGACGCUAUAGCAGGUAUCACAGUGGGUCUGACCUCAAUACCACAGGGCAUCGCAUAUGCUAUGGUCGCCGGUUUGCCUCCACAGGUGGGCCUCUACUCCAGCAUAUUCCCUGGCCUCAUGUACAUGCUGUUCGGUAGCUGCAAGGAUGUCACCGUUGGUCCAACCGCUAUCCUAGCAGCGUUGCUUGCCAAGUACGUCGCCAGGUCGGCUGACUUCGCGUAUCUGGCUGCUUUUCUAUCAGGAUGCUUUAUACUGCUGCUAGGGAUACUACAGUUAGGUUUUCUUCUGGACUUUAUAUCGAAACCGGUUAUCAGUGGGUUCACGACAGCAGCCGCCUUGCAGAUUAGCGCAUCACAGCUAAAGUCUUUGUUUAGGAUAUCAGGUUCAUCAGGCAACACAUUCUUCGAUGCCAUAAUAAACUUCUUCGAAAACAUCAAGACAGUACAGCUAUGGGACACAGUGUUAGGAAUCAGCACGAUUAUUGCCUUACUCCUACUAAAACGUGCUACAAUCAAGGUAUCAGAGACGGCGACUCCAUUCGCGUCCCGCAUGGCAGCGUGCUGGCUCAAUGUUGUGCGCGCACGAAAUGCUCUCGUGGUCUUCGCAGCCGCCAUACUUGCCUUCAUUCUCAAUUUAAAAGACAUCACGCCGUUUGCACUGACUGGUACAAUCCAUGGUGGUCUGCCCAAAUUCGGGCCGCCGCCGUUCAGCACAGUAGUCAACAACCAAACGCUUAACUUUGAAGACAUGCUGGCCGUCUUCGGAGGAGAAGGAAUCGUGAUGCCACUCGUAGCUAUACUGGAGAGUAUAGCUAUUGCCAAGGCAUUUGCGGGCAGCACAACAGUGGACGCGACACAGGAGAUGUUGGCCAUCGGCAUGUGUAACGUGGUGUCGUCCUUCGCACAGAGCAUGCCUUCUACCGGCUCCUUUACUCGCACCGCACUCAACCACGCCAGCGGAGUUGUCACUCCUGCUGGCUGCUUUUUUAAAGCCAUGUUGGUAUUACUAGCGGUGACGCUAUUGGCUGACGCCUUCUACUUCAUCCCGCGCGCGACGCUGGCCGGCAUUAUAAUCGUCGCCAUGUUUUCCCUCAUGGAAGUCACCAUAAUUAAACAGUUGUGGCGGAAUAGUAAGUUGGAGCUGUGCGUGUACGCGGUGACGGUGGUGUGCGGCGCGGCGUGCGGGCUGGAGUACGGCAUCCUGGCCGGCGCCGCCGCCGACGUGGCGCGCGCACUCGCCCGCGCCGCGCGCCCGCCGCUGCACGGGACCGCCUUCAAGGUGGGCAACCAAGACUGCGUGUCGCUGAGCCUGCCGGGCUGCCUGUCGUACGCCAGCGCGGAGCACGUACAACACAAGGUGCGCCGCCUGGUGUCGCCCGCCGCCGCCGUCGUCGUCAUGGACGGCCGGCAUCUGUAUGCCAUGGACUUGGGGGUCGCUGAGAACUUAGUAUCUGUGAUAGUAGAUCUAGAGAAGGAAGGCCACAGGUUCUUACUGUGGAACUUCAGACGGAGCCAUCGACUGCUGAUGGAAGACCUCCACACAGGGUUUGAGGCUCGCUUCGUGGACGGACCCAGUAUUGAUCAGCAUAUUUUAAUUGGCAAUGGUCAAGCCGAUUUCAAGACUAAUAUUUCACGACUGUGAAGCUUCUACGUAAUGAAGCUCAGGUUUGGAUAUCAUUCGAUAAGACGCAAGAUCAUACAUAGCCAAGCUCAAUGAAUUUAAAAGACUAUUGUGAAGUUUUUCUACUACUAUGUUCAUUCCCUCAGUUAUUGUGAUUGCUAGGAAACAUUACCUUUGAGUAUUUCCAUUGUUAUAUGGUAUUUAAAGUGGAUUGAAUAACAGUAUCUGUCCAUAAGAUAGAAGUGGUCCCGCCAAUAACUAUUCCAUGUUAUAAAUAACAUAUUAUAACUGUUACAACUGCUAUAUUUUUAUAAUAAAUAUCGUGAGAUAUACUAAAUUAACAAAAAAAUCACGAUUUACUCACGUAUAUCAAUGGAGAAAAGCUCUACUAGUUUCGAGUCACGGAGGGACUCUUCACGUCUGCACGCUGCUCAUAAUGAAGAGUUCCUUUAGAGAGCUUUUCUCCAUUAAUAUACGUGAGUAAACCGUGAUUUCUAGUUAAGUUUUAACUGCUAUAAUAAUUAUAACAGUUACUUAGCUAUAAAAAUAUAGUUUUACAUUCCAAUAAAUAUGUAAUUAUCUACAUAAAAUAUCAAUUUGUAAGUGAUACAAAAUGUGAUAUUGGGUAAUCGUUAUAAAUAUGUAAUAGGUGUGAAGAAUCUGACUUUUUUAUUGAUUUGUUAUGUUUUGCUGAAACUUUUUCUAUCAAAGUAGACUUUUAAGGUAAGCGUCCACAAGCCUGCAUCGUACGCAUCGCAUAUAGGCAUUACCGAAGAUGCGGUCGGGGGCGGUGUAUGAGUUUCUAUACAAGACAAACUAAAAUCCGUUGCGUGCGAUGCGUACGAUGCGGGCCUGUAGACGCUUACCUUUAAUAUGAAUUCCAACGCAAUGGUGCUUUAUUUUAUACUAAUUAUGUAUAUUUUGGAGUUUUUAAGUACCGGUAAACUAUGGCAACUUUACCGGACCCUUGGCAACUUUACCAUACUAUAGGUAUUCAGUAUAAACACAUUUAUCUAAAAAUAUACCCACUAGAAUUCUGUUUUGUAAUAGUAGUAUUUUUUAGACAUUAAAAGGAAAUAUUUACUAUAUUUUGCGUAGACGCAAGACUGUUAUUAUACCAGUAAUGGCCGUCACAGUGUAGUGCGUGAAAAUGUGCUAAAAGUUAGUAGUUCCUAAAUUGUGCUCACAGAGCCUUAAUUAUAUGUCACAGGUGAGUGAAAUUUUGAUCUUGAAUGUAUAAUAUAGUUGGGAUUACUGUUGUAAUGUCAGCAAUUGCUUUUUCUUUAAUUUAUUGGUAAAUAAUCGCUUCGGUAAUGUUGACACAGGUUAGGUAAAGUUGCCACGGCCUGCUUUGUGGCAACUUUACCUACAGUUAGGGUUGGCAAUAAAUGUUUUUUUCUUGUUUGUGUGUAUGUAACCAUUUUCGAAUACCUAAAUUUCCCAGCAUAAUAGUGAAUAUCCUGGAUGAUAAGUUAUAAUGUAUUUAAUAAUACCUUUUGUUUUAGAGCCAAAAUGGCUCACAUGAAACAAAACCGCAGAUAACUCGGAGUUAGACAAUAUAAAAAGUAUACGAAAGUAAUGUUAAAAUUAGAUAUGGAGAUUGUGAAGUCAAAAAAUUAAAAAGUCAAAAGAUUAAACAUUAUUUUGUAGCCUUUUUUUACAAUUUUAAACAUAAAUACUUAAAAUUUUAGAACUUAAUUUAGUUUAAAAGGGAACAAUAUUUAUGUCAGAUAUUUAUGCUUUUUUUUACUUCAGGUUUAAGGUUUAUAUAUAUUUUUUUUAAAUAUACAUGUCAUAAAAAUAAUUCUCAUUUUUUGACAACCCCGAGCGUAACAAAUUAUUUGUAUGUAAAUUACGAUGAAACCCGUGGCAACUUUCCCGAACGUCUGUGUAGCCGUUAUCUUUAUAGAUUUCCUCAUAUUGUUUGCAUUAUAAUACGAAGAGGUCCUAGAUGAAGCCCUCUGUACCUUAACAACUCUUUAAUAUGCAAUACACGAUGAAUACGGCGCGUAGGUAAAGUUGCCAAAAAUUUGGUAUCUUUACCCAUGUUGUUUUUUCUUUACUACGGCUAAAGUAAGCGUUUGUAUAUAAUGACGAUUACGGUAAAGUGAGCCAGAUAGACUACAAUUCUAAAUAUAUAGUUUUGGUUUCUAUGCGUCUUAUGGUUAAAAAUAUAUUUCGAUUUUUGUUCCAAAAUAUGGUAAAGUUGCCAUGUUUUACGGUAUAUUGGCACUUCAUGUUUGUGUUAGAUUUUUCUUUAUAUAACUUUAUCUUUAGAAAAAGUUUUAGUAAAAUGUUAAUUAAAGAUUUUGAUAUACUUACUUAUGUACAUAGUUUUAAAACUGACUUUAAUCCAAUUCUCUUAUACAUAUAAUUGUAGUACAAUUUGUUGAAGUUUUGUGAAUAUCUACUUAAAUACGUUAUUGUGAAGUUUUAAUUAAAUAUUUAAAUAAGUUA